AUGACUAUCCUAACUGCUCCAAUUGCCGCAAAGCCGGGGUUUCAUGUGAUAAACAGACCGUCCUUCGGCGAGAAAGUGGCCAGUCGAACGGAAGAGCGCAUCGCCUAUCUCGAAUCUCAACUGGCCACGCUGGCAAGCACCAAUUCCAGCAACGAAGCCGCUCGUCCAGCGCUCCUGUCUCCACAAAGUCAGGAAACCACCCAGUCAGCCUCUACUUCUAAUCUAAACAACAAUACUGUCGGAGAGCUUGUAGGUUUUCUCGCACUCAACUCCGUAGAAGCACCGGCGUAUGUGGGCUCAAGCUCCGGGCUUUCACUGGCAGCCAACCUCAGCGAAAUGGUCCAAGCAACGGUGUGGAAUCAGGUUCUCGCGCCGUCUCGGUCACAGCAGAGAUCUACCAGAAGCACUGGUGGGAUCGUCGGUCAAGGGAGGCCUCUGACAGGGCUGCCACCCCAACCUGUUAGUGGUCAGGGUAGCGCGUCUGACAACCCGCGAUCCCCCCUUCGGAUGGAGGAGCUGCUGGCCCAGAGUACUGAGCCGCCGAACGAUGAGAUGGGAACACGGAUCAUGCACGCCUAUUUGACGAGGCUUCAUGUUCGCUACCCGUUCCUCGAUCGGGCGGAGCUGUGGAAACUGCAUGAGUCCCGCUGGAGGCUAGCCAGAACCAAACGGGAAGAGCUCUCCAAGGCGGAUAGAUUCAACUUAUUCAAGUUGUAUCUAGUGUAUGCAAUGGGAGCCACAGCAAUUCAGCUCAGUGAGAAAUACGCAUAUAUUCCACCGGAGCGAUUCUACACUACUGCUCUACAGCAGGUCCCUGCCAUGUGUGAGACACGGUCCAUUGAAAACAUAGAGGCCAUGACUCUGCUGGUAGUGUAUCAUCUUCGCUCGGCAUCAAGCCAUGGCUUAUGGUACAUUGUCGGGCUUGCCAUGCGAACCGCCAUUGAUCUGGGCCUGCACAGAAAAGCCAACGAGGUAAAUCUCGACCCGUGGAGUGCGCAAAUGCGGCGUCGACUAUUUUGGACGGUCUAUUACCUGGAGAGAGUCAUCUCCAUGUCACUUGGUCGACCUUUCAGCAUCGCAGACCGUCACAUUGAUAUCCCCUUGCCGGCGGACGUGGAUGACGAUGUUCGGGAUCCCGCUAUGUUGACAGCUACUCCACGGACGGGCAGGAUCACCUCGUUGACCUUCGCAAUCUACCUGUUCAAGCUACGUCGGAUUGAUUCGAGGAUCCAACAUAAGAUCUACCGCGCGGAUCGCCCUUUGGACUCCAUAAAGUCCAAGAUGGAUCGUCUAUUCAGCGAGUUGGAAGAGUGGAAGCGGUCCGCUUUGCUGCGCUUCAGCGGAACCGAUCUCGACUAUCCCAUGCUGCACUACAAUCGAGCUCUACGGCUCUUGAUCCAGCCAUUCCUACCAUCCCUCCCAUUAUCCGACCCUUAUUACCCGAUUUGCCUCCGAGCAGCCGGUGACAUCUGCCAGACGCACAAGCGCCUCCACCAGACCUUGGAAUACGGACAUUCCUUCCUGGCCGUCCAGACGGUCUUCAUGGCGGGGAUCACCCUGCUGUAUGCCCUAUGGACACACACGAACGAAGUAUGGUCGGUACAGAUGAGCAACGACAUCCGCGCCUGCUCGACCGUCCUCUUCGUCAUGGGCGAGCGCGCGGCAUGGGUGAAGAAGUACCGCGAUGCAUUCGAGAUGCUCGUCAACGCGGCCAUGGAGAAGCUCGAGGGUAGUAACACCAGCGAUGCUGCCAAGAAAGUCGGCAUGGCCGAACUCAUGACCGCGCAGCACAGCGGAACAAACCUCGCUUUGCAGAGCACCACACCUGGUACAUGUAAGGAAUAUUCUGGGGGAGGGCCCGCGGCAGAUGCCCCUCCGGCAGGUCAAAUGGACCCCUCGGCCGAUGAUCAUGGAGUACGCAUGGCAUUCCAGCUUGCGCCCUGGAUUGAUCUCGAGGAGGACUGUCCGUUCUGGAUGCCGGAUUUUCAGACGCUGGAAGGGUUGUCUGGAGAUUUCUGGGGAAGUGAGGAUAUAGCGCCGUUUGAUCCUCUCUAA